AUGUUUGCGGACGGGUCUACCGCUGAUCCGAUUGUCUCCGUGCGCGCCAAGGCUGGAUGGAGGUUGGCCCAGGCGUCCCUCGGCAAGAGGCUGUCAUGGCCGACCGCAAAGUUCGAGAUGACGAUGAAUUGCCAGGACAGAGCGGUGGCCAUCCCCAUCGCGCCCUGCUCCGACUGCCUUCUCUGCCCAGGAUUCGUGGCGGGGGGGCGGAGGUCUCCAGAGGUCCCUGGCCUCUCCUGCAGGGCACCACGGGCUUGCGGGCUGCCCUUGAGCAGCGGCAUCAGCAGCAAGCGUGCGCCGCCCGAGGUGCCGCUGAUGCUGAGCGCCGCUGCGGACGCGCGGAGGAUCCAGUGCGACACCACGCAGAUCAAGUUCGCGAACACGGUGAUGUUCAACACGAAGGUGCACCGCUUCACCGUGCGCAACCUGUCCUGCAUCUCCGUGCCCUUCCAGUGGCACGUCGAGGGCGAGCACGGCCACGCCUACGCCGUGGAGCCGGCCGCGGGCGCCGUGCCCCCGAGCGCGGAGCUGCAGGUGGCGGUGCGCUUCGCGCCCGUCGAGGUGGAGGACUUUGGCGCCACCCUCGUCUGCACGUCCUCCGCCGCGGCCGACGCGGGGAAGCCCCCCGAGAUUCUGCGCAGCAAGGAGGAGGCGGAGGAGAAGUUCGAGGCCCGGCCACACCGGCUGCGCGCCCUGCCGAGCGCCGCGGCCGCGCCACGGGGCCUGUCUUCGGCCGUGGCGGCCGCGGGCGCCCCCCGCGGGGGCGGGCCCUCGGGGUUCAUUGCGGAAGAGUACUACAAGAACGAGUUCGGGACUCCAUUCAAUUCCUGGGCGGCUCUCUCCAACGAGACAUGCGAGCCUUGGAAGGUGCCGUACGGCCUGAGCAGACUUCGAGGUGCGGCAGGAGAUGCGGCUCGGCUGGUGUUCACGCGGAUGCCUGCUACGUAUUGGGCCACAAUGCAGCACUUGAGCCAGGACCUGGACUCCACCGCCAGCGCGGUGUCCAGCGGGCGAGCCCUGAGGAGAAGCGACAUCGCUCGGUUGGCCAACGCUCUCGCCAGUGCCGCGGACGCCAACGAGCAGGGGCGCUGGUAUUUGCAGGAGGCGCGACGCCUGGACCAGAUGCCCUCGGACGUGGCGCUGCGGCUGGCGCGAGCGCUGGGCAACGUGGAGUCGCACGCCCGGUUCCUCUUCGCCGCCGCCUUCCCAUGCAGCCGCGACGCCCCGCACAUCCCGUACAGGGAAGAGAACCACCAUUAUGUUGUAUACCCUGGUGGCCCCGAAGCGGCCAAGACUCACGAGGAGCGGAGGCUGGCCCAGGACCUGAAGAACUUCGAGUGGGCCUCGAUGCGCGCCGACCCCGGCGAGCUGAGGGACUUCCUGUGA